GUGAGUUGUCAGUGAACAUUGCGACCGGCGCGAAGAGCGGACGUGUUAUUGUGCUGCGCUCUAUCGAACGCUUCACUGAAAACUUUCUUUGCAAUUAAAAAAAAACUGUUAAAAGUAAACGAAUAGCUAAAGAUAAUAAUUGUUAGUUUUGUUGUUUAUAACAUUAAGUGUUAUAAUGUCGUCGAGUCAUUCGGGUUUAAGCAAAGUGGACUCUCCCAAGGUUCACGGGACGAAACCUUUGGAUCUGAAUGACGUGGAAAUGGUCUUCGGCACACCUACCUCUCCUAGGGGUGUUGUUAAACCGGAUGUACAUCAAAUAAACGAAAGGACCCACGGCAAGGACACUCUCAACACACAUAUCGGCGGCCACGAGGCAGAGGCCGGACACCCAUCGCAGCCACUACUGGAGCCCGAAAAGGAGAGACCGAAGCCUCCGCUAGCGGGUCCCGAGGUAGACGACCUGGACGAGGAGAAGCCUUCAGACGCAAAUCCCUUCCCUGGCAUCGACGACGGCCUACUCGAGCACGGGGAUAAGAAACAUGACGGACCACACGAAGGGAGCGAGGAGAAAAGCGGCGAUGGAUCAACUCAUCCGACACACGACGACGGCAUCGGCACAGACGAGGGUAAAUGGCCGUGGCCUGCCACCGACGAGACUGACUAUCCUUACGAUGGUAUGAACGGAUUCGACAAUAGAUUCGGCAUCAACGAUCCACCCGGCUCACCUUACCCGCCCCCAGGCUCUAUCCCGGACGUGAACACGUACCAGCAGAAGAAGAACCUGGCGCAGGGUAUGAUGGACCUCGCGCUGCUCUCCGCCAAUGCCAACCAGAUGCGCUACGUGCUCGAAUCUUCGACCGCACAUCCUUACUUCUACCCGAGCCUCGUCUUCAUCUCGCUUAGCGUUAUCUUCCAGAUUGCUGUUGGCAUUGGCCUUAUCAUGAACAGUCGGUACGACGUCAAAGACGAGAAGGAGAUCUGCAAAGCUGACAAGAUCAACAACAUGACAGUCCUCGGCAUCUUCCUCAUCACCAUAGUCAAUGUAUUCAUCACCUCGUUCAGCGUAGCAACUCCCACCGCAGUGGCGGCGGUCGGCGCGGCCGUGGUGCAACAGGCAGGCUGAUAACUCACAUACAGAUAGACUGAAAACAUAUAACCCACGCGAAUAAUAUUAUAUAGAAAUGCUAACUACGCGACCACAAUAACAUGAUAGGACAGUGUUGUGUUGUAAACACAAACACAUAUGUGGGAAAUUUAUAUACCAUGUUAUUGUGCAUUUCUACUAUUCUUACCGUAGGUUUCUCAGACCAAUUUUUUUUGUAUAAAACAUAUUGACAUCCCUAUCAUUAUUUUUAACAGAACUGAGAUAUGUUUUAAACGGAGAUUUUGAUUUCAGAAACCAACGAUUAGUGAAUUUCGUCUGCAGUUUGACUUGUAUUGAAAAAUAUUGUCAUCCCUUACAUUUGCUUUCAAAAAAUUGAAACAACAAUAUGUGCAGUAACACAUAUAUGUUAUUUCAAUAUUUUUAUUUUAACGAAACAAUGCAGAGUUGUGUUUUAAUAGACAAGACAUAAAGCUACGUAAAUCUAUUAUUUGGUUUUAACUCAUUACAAAUAAGAACUAUUUUUUAAACUUUACAUUUACUUACAUACAAAAUGUAUUGGACCGGUGAUUAAACAUAUUGGUGCUAUUAUUCCAGUAUAUUGAUAGAUCUAAGACACAUUUUUAGUAUUUAAGUUUUGAAAAUAUAAGAAAUUAAGAAAAAUCUUUCUCUAUUUAAUUUUAAUGUCGUUAGAUUUAAAAACAUAACAGUACAUAAGUUAUUUUUUAGCAAUAUCAGUUGCAUGCGUUAUGUACUGUCAAUAUCAUAGCAAAAUAUCUAUAUUCUGGUAGAUUUUCAUACAUUUACAUGCAUAAUAUGUUUAGUAUAUUAAAAAAACAGUUGUAUAUCUUUUAUGAGUUGUUUUUCUUGUAUUGCGCAAAUAUUUAUAAUACAAAUCGAUUUUUUAUAUAAUGGACGUAAUUUUUGCUUUAUCAAUGU